UGUAAGUUGUCAAGAAACGGACAAGAACAAAAAACAGCUGAAAAACUCGUAGGAAAAUACGUGUUUAUUCGUAAUUCCUAGCGAGAAAAUAUACUUAUUUUCUUUAAUCGAAAAUGCCACUUCUUGUAAAGGAUUAUUUGUGGGAAGAAACAGACUUAUCAGUGAUCAUCACUGUACCACUAAAAGGAGCUCAAUUCAACAAGCUCGACAUCUUCUCCACUGAAGAAUAUAUAAAGGUCAGCUAUCCUCCAUACUUGUUCGAGUGUUUCUUGUUUGCUCCAGUAGAAGAUGUGAAGGGAAAAGCGACUGUUGGUAAUGGAGCCGUGGUAUUUAGUCUCAUUAAGAAAGAAGCAGGAAUAUGGAGUAGUUUGCAAGCACCUCAAGCCGAAGAUAAGGAAUUCAAGAAAAGAAAAAGAGAUGAAGCCAUACAGAUGGCACACGAAAGAGCUCUGGAAAUAGCAAGAAUCAAAGAAAAUGAAAAGAGAGAACAAGAAAGAUAUGCUUUAAAGCAACAGAUGAAGAUAGAGGAAGAUGAAAGAAAUAGAGUUGAAGCAGUUAAAGAGCAAGAAAGAAAAAAAGCAGCAAAAGCUAUUGAAAAGUUGAACAAGCCUUACCAAAAGUCUGUAAAAGCAUCAUUAAAAGGUCUUGAUAGUGAUGAUGAUGAAAAUGACAAUGACAAUGACUAUAAAAUCAUCAGCAUGGAAGAGACAGAAGGCAGAGAAACCAAAGAAAGUAUCAAAGACAAUACAAUUUUAAAUAAAAACAUCAGCAAAAGCAGUCGUAAUUCAAAUUUAUCUUCUCAUUCAAUAUUAACUUCACCCACAUCAACAACAAAGAAAUAUCAGCCACCUAAAGGCAGUAAGGAAGAACUUUUUGAACCUUUGCCAGCACCAAGGGAAGCAGGUUGUAUUCAAGUGUCAUUUACUCCAAGAUCAUUCAAAACUGCUGCCAGAGAAUCAAAGGCUCCUGAAGAAGAAGAGUGGUUAAAGAAGGUUGCAGAAGCCAGUCGCAACAAAAAAUCACUGAAAGACAACCCAGAUGCAGUGGAUAUGGAAGAAAUGAAUCCUCUUUGGCUGAAGGAAAAGGGAAUAGGAUUUUAUAAGGCAGAAAACUAUGUUGCAGCAAUUAAUGCUUUUACUGCAGCUAUCGUUCUAGAUGGAAACAUACCUUCUUUGUAUUCUAAUCGUGCUGCUUGUCAUCUGCACAUGAAGCAGUAUAGAGAGUGUAUACAAGACUGUACUUGUGCUCUGGACCUACUAACUCCACCAGUACAAGCCAAUGCAUCCUCUAGAUGUAAAGCAUACAUAAGGAGGGGAACAGCAUUUUUUCAUUUCAAUGAGUAUGCUGAAGCCCUUCGAGAUUAUGAAGAAGGACUCAAACUUGAUCCCAAAAAUGAAAGCUUGACAGCAGAUGCUAAAAGAAUAUGUAGUAUUAUUCAAGGAACACCAAUAAAAUGAAUCAACCAGUCA